AUGCCCUUACCAUUUUUUGGUCGCUUAGACAUCGUCGAAUACGUUGCCCUUGUCGGCUCCUUCUUUCUCGUCGGACUCGAGGCCCUCAUCCGAGUGUUAACAUUAGCGCUACCAAAUUCCCUGCUGAAUCUUUUCUAUCGAGCUUCGCGACGGUUGUUUAAUAGGUUAACCACGCCAGCGCAGAAGAGAGCCGAACAGAGAAGGAAAUCCAUCUCGACGUCGAUUCGAAAUGCCUCCGAUUUUGUUGACCUCUGUGCCAUGUAUGGCUACACGGCCGAGGAACAUGUGUUGCAAACAAAAGAUGGAUACCUACUUGGAAUACACCGUCUCGCGUGGAGGAAAGGCGAGGAAGACAUGAAAGUCAAUGAUGGGCCCGCCAGCAUAAAGAAGCGCGUCGUUUAUCUUCACCAUGGUCUCCUAAUGAAUAGCGAAGUUUGGGUUUGUCUUACCGAUGCUCAGAGAUCUCUACCUUUUGUGUUGGUUGAAAGGGGAUUUGAUGUCUGGCUGGGUAACAACCGUGGGAACAAAUACUCCAAAAAGUCAAUUCACCACUCCCCUGCAACGACCGAGUUCUGGAACUUUUCCAUCGACGAGUUCGCCUUUCACGAUAUCCCGGAUACGAUCAAUUACAUCCUGGAGACUACAAAGCAGCAAUCCUUAUCUUAUAUCGGCUUCUCUCAGGGCACCGCGCAAGCUUUCGCCAGCCUAGCGGUGCACCCUAAGUUGAAUGAUCAGGUUAAUGUUUUCAUAGCAUUGGCCCCGGCUAUGUCACCUGCUGGCCUAAAUAACGGCAUUGUUGACGCUCUAAUUAAGGCCUCGCCUCAGGUCCUCUUCCUUCUCUUCGGCAGACGCUCGAUCCUCUCAUCCGCUACGAUGUGGCAGUCUAUACUGUACCCACCUCUGUUUAUGAAAGUUAUCGACAUGGGCUUGUCUUUUCUAUUUGGCUGGAAGACUAAAAACAUAUCAGUUAGCCAGAAGCUCGCGGCUUAUCCACACUUAUAUUCGUUUACAAGUACGAAGUCGGUCGUCCAUUGGUUCCAGAUCAUUCGCAACCAAUCGUUCCAAAUGUACGACGACGAUGUGCAAACACCUCUUUCUAUCAACACAUCGAGCAAGUACACGAAAGUGGCCAAGUAUCCGACCCGGAAUAUUAAGACCCCUAUUGUCUUGGUCUAUGGUGGAAGCGACUCGCUGGUCGACAUCAAGGUGAUGAUGCGAGAGCUACCUAAUAGGACCGUCGCAACUGAAAUUCCUCAUUAUGAACACCUUGACUUCCUCUGGGCUCGAGAUGUUGACAUUCAGGUUUUCCAGCACGUGUUUGACGCCUUGGAAAACUUCAAGGGGGCAGAGCAUUCUCUAGAAGAGUUUGAAAGUUAUCAACGAGCGCGCAGUAUCAGCCUGUCGGCUUAUAAUUCUUUCAAACAUACUCACCGUAACAGCGACGCGCUGGAAUCUGACACUCCUUCUGGUUCUAAUGGAUAUCCAGCUAACGGAGAGCUUUUGUCGAGUGUACGGCACGAGGCACGUGAAGAUCCUGUAAAUCAUUCCGACUUCACUCUGCAAGCAGCAGAGCCUAUUAACGCCGUAACGGCUAAUCUUCACAUUCAUCCCACCCCCAUUACCACGAUUGAUGAAAAUAUGCCAUCUGUAACUCCGCCUGAUAGAGCUUAUACGGCUGGCGAUCUCGAUGGCACGAGAGAUCUGCUUAGUCCCGCAUCGCCUAGUCCUCCAACUCAAAACAGCAAACGGUAUCGACGACGCAAUAGUGCUGCGAGCAAUCUUAGCUUGGACUCGAUGAAAGAGGGACGUGGCAUCAAGAUUGGCCUUGCAAAACCCACUACAAGUAGCAGCAGCGAUGAGGGCCGUUUAUUUUCCCGCUUCGACGGUCGGUAA